AUGAAUUGCGCCCCUGGAUUGCUGUUUUCAUUCGUGACGCACAGAUGUGAAUGGCCAUCGAUGUGCAACAUAGCUCCAAAAAAUACUGAACCCGUACUGCCUCCUGCUUCUCAAAAAGUUGUAAUCAGUACUUCUAGGGAACUGAAGGCAGAGCAUUGCACAGAUUAUGACUGCACGUCCUUGCCAGAUGGCAACUACCAGAUUGGAGAAUGCGUGGGACGUUUCGUGAUGUGUUCGAAUGGACGAGCGUAUGUCCAGUUCUGUCCCAGUGGACUCGUCUAUAAUCCCGGGAAAGGUUUGUGCGAUUGCGAAUGCGGAAGCCAGGUAGCUGCAUCUCCAACCGAGGAGAAAUAUGUGUCGAAUCAAGCACUGAGACCCUGUUCGCCGACCCCUACCUCAUUCGAGGCAUAA